AUGUUUUUUAAAUUUCUUUUUUUUCUUCUAUUUUUUUUAAGUAAAAAGGUGAAUAAUAAAAAUGACAUAUCCUUAAAAGGAAGUUUAACAGUUUCUAAUUUAAAGAUAUCUUCAAAAGACAAUAGAGAAAAUGGAAUAUUAUUCAUAAAUGAUGAAAUGGAAUAUAAACUAGGAUUAAAUACAAAAAAUGAAUUGAUAAUAAGCAAAAAAAAUAAGCCUCUAAUAAACAUAGAUGAGCAUGAAAAUCUAAAUUUUUUUAACCCUGAUUUGACAGUAAAAUCAUUAAAUAUACAAGGAGUUUUUAAAGUAUUGAAUAUUAAUCAAUUUCAAAUGAUAGUACAUGAGGAUUUUUCAAAUACUUCAAAUACAAAAGGAUGGAUUGGAGAAAAUUUUGAUAGUUUUAUAUCUAUAUGUGGUGGUACCAACUUAUUAGGUGGUUAUGGAAAAUUAUCAAAAGGUAAAAUUUACAAGACCUUUGAAAAUAUUCCAACUCAUACUCAAAUACGUAUUAAAUGCAAUUUUCAUUUUAUUGACAAUUGGAAUAAUCAAACAGCUUAUAUGAAAAUAGGAAAAGAUGAAAAAGAAGAAUUUUUUUUUGUUUGGACUGAUAGUCAUUACCAAUUAAAUAAAGAAAAUGCUGUUAACAUUUGUGGUAACUCAACUGGUGAAUCGAAAUUUUUUUCUCUAAUUGAUGUUAUUAUACCACACAAUUCAAAAAAAUUAAUUGUCGAAUUUGGUACUAACAUUCAAGACCAUCAACCAAAUAGUAUAUCAUGGGGAAUCUCAAAUUUUCAAAUAUAUAUCAUAUAA